AUGCAUGCCCAUAUAGCAAAUCAACCUACUUCAACACAAUUAAUCGAUUAUCAAAAUCCUAAAAAUUACAAUAAAGUUGAUCAAAUAACGCAAAUAAUAAAUGAUGAUAAAAAUAUUAAAGAAUAUUCUAAAGACAGAGUAAAAUCUAUUAAUGAAAUAUUUGAUCUUUUGAAAAAUGAGGUAACAACAAAAUUGGAAACGAAAUCGUAUGACAAUGAUAAUAAGGAAUCUUUAAAUGAAAAUGAAAAACAAAAUGAAGAAUCAGAAAUAUCAGUUUCUAAUGAAAAUAUUACAAAAGAAUCCAUUGAAGUUUUACCAAUUCAAAAAAGUUUUUUAGAAGAACAAGGCUUUAAAUAUGGUGAUCAAAUAGGAUCAGGAACUUAUGCAAAAGUUAAAAUUGCUUACUCUAGUAAGUAUGAAAAGCCAGUUGCUAUUAAAAUAAUUUCAAAAACAAGAGUUCCAUCAGAAUAUUUGAAUAGAUUUUUACCAAGAGAAAUUGAAAUUAUUAGAAUGCUUCGACAUGAAAAUUUAAUUAAAUAUUAUGAUAGUGUGGAAACAACAGAGAAAGUUUACAUCAUAAUGCAAUUAGCAGUAAAUGGAUCUUUACUUGAUUUAAUACGAAAAGAAAAACAAUUGAAUGAUAAUAAAGCACGAAAAUAUUUUCAACAACUCAUAAAUGCACUUGAAUAUUGCCAUUCAAAAGGUGUAGUACAUAGAGAUAUUAAGUGUGAAAAUCUUCUUUUUGACGAGAAUAUGAAUUUAAGAUUGAUUGAUUUUGGUUUUGCACGUGGUGGAAUGUUCCCUAUCAAUAAUUCACCUGUACUUUCUGAAACUUAUUGUGGCAGCUAUGCAUAUGCCAGUCCAGAAAUUUUAAAAGGUGUUCCUUAUGAUCCACAUAUGUCAGAUAUUUGGGCUAGUGGUAUUGUCCUUUAUUCUAUGGUCUAUGGUCAUUUACCUUAUGAUGCAUCAAGUUGCAAACAUUUACUAAGACAAGUACAAGUAAAAAUAAUUUUUCCAAGAUUACCAGCAAAUGUACCAAUAGAAUGUAAAAAACUUAUAUUAAAACUUUUAGCACCGCUAAAUGUUCGUAUCCAAAUAAAACAAAUUAAACAAGAUAAAUGGUAUUCUGAUCACCUGUAA